CAAAACCUCUCCCAUUCCCCCUCUCCACCACCUCCACCUCCACCAUGGCAGCCGGACGCUCGCCGCCGCUCACCGGCCGGCGGCGCGGCCGCGGGCGGGUGCGGCGGUGGACGAGGCCGCCGAAGGGGUCGCAGUGCUCGUCCUCCCCCCGCAGCCCGCGCCCCGGCGGCGGCGGGGUGGAGGGGGAGCAGCCCCCGCUGGCGCCCGGAACCGAGGUCGAGGUCCGCGUCGACGCCGACGGGUUCCACGGCUCCUGGUUCGAGGCCGUCGUCGUGGGCUUCGUCCCCGCGCGCGGCCCGCGCACCCCGGCGCGCUACGCGGCGUCCUACGCCCACCUCGUCUCCGAUGACGGCGGCGUCCUCGUCGAGCACUUCGCGCCCUCCCACAUCCGCCCCCGGCCGCCGCCGCCACCACCCCACUCCGACGACCACCUCCGCGCGCUCUCCCCGCACGACAUUGUCGAGGCGUUUCACAAGGAUGGGUGGUGGUCCGGCAUCGUGCUCGGCGGCGGCGGCGGCGGCGGUGUCGUCACCGUCGCGUUCCCCAUCACCCGCGAGGUGAUCGACUUCCCGCGGAGCCUCGUGCGCCCGCGCCGCGACUACGUCGGCGGCGAGUGGGUCCCGUCGGAGGCGGCGAUCGCGCUCCAGCCCAAGCAGGCGGUUAGGGUUUACCAGGUCGGGGACAAGGUGGAGGUGAGGAGGGACCGGGAGGUGUACGGCCACUCGUGGUUCCACGCCAAGGUGGCCAAGGUGAUCGACAGGAUGAGCUACCUCGUCGAGUACUCCGAUCUGGAGAAGGGGGAAGGGGAGGCCGUGGCCAAGGCGGUGGAGUACCUGCACUGGCGGUUCAUCAGGCCGUCCGAGGAGCGCUCGCCGCGGGAUUGCGAUUUCCGGAUUGGCCCCGGCGCCGCCGUCGAGGCCUACUGCGACGGGGCAUGGUCGCCCGGCGUGGUGCGGAGCGUCGUCGGCGAGGGUGAGUAUGAGGUAAGUGUCAAUGGAAAGACCAAGGAGGUUGUGGUGACCAAGGUGCGGGAGCUGCUUCAGCCUCAGUACAAGUGGAAUGGCAAGAACUGGAGGAUUGUCUCUGCUAAGAGACACUUGAGGCAGCAGUCUAUGUCUGGAAAAAGCCCAAGCUCACCAGUUGAUGUGUUCUCCAGUGAUGAUGAACAUAGACAUGAUACUGAAUCUUCUGCCCGGAGAAGGUCAAUAAAAAGGUCAAGGAAGGAGUUCAAUGCAACGCAGCAACCUGAAGGCAUGUUACCUGAAGAUUCUGAGGAUGUUUCACAUUCUGAGAUGAACACUCCUUUAUCUGAAUUAUGCAAGUCAUCGGGAAGCAAUCAUUCUCCAAAGUCUUGCUCUGACCCAUCUGGAAUGAAAAAAAUUCAAGUGCUUUCGAAGAAGAUAGUGAGUAACUGUUUGGUACCAGUGAAGGGGAUUCUUGAUGCUUCGACAGGACAUAGAAUACCUCAGAAUGAAUCAAGAGAAGAUGGUAUUGGGAAGACAAUGGUUAAUCAAGAAAUUAUAUCUGACAUGAUGCUUACGAAUGGUCAGGCUAAUACAUCUGCUUGUGGAACAAGUAUGAAUGAAGGCUAUGCUAUGCUUUCAACUAAAAAGUUUGGAAAACAGAAAAUGGCAUUAUCUCGCAGAUACAAUCCUGUACGGAAGGCACGGGGAGGGCUGCUCUCUGUCCAGCAACUACACACUAAAAAAAUCAUGCCUUCCGAGCUCAAACGGGGUAAAAUGAGACUUAUUCAUGCACUUCAGGACAUGAACGAUCCCUCUGAUAAUAUUCAGUUAAAGGGAAACAGUACUUCUCCAAGCAGAGAAAUUAUUUGUGCUUUGAGUGUCUCUUCACAAUGCAAUACCCCAUCUCCUCUGGGUAAACAAAUAAAGGCUUUUGACUUCGUGUCAAGAGAGGCUGAUAGUGGUUCAAAUACUAAGUUUCUUAUCUUGAAGAAAUUUGCUAGAAAGAAGGGCUCCAAAGAAUCAGAUAGCCCACAUAACUCAUUGGAUGCAACCAGUACUGUCCAGCCAAUACGUAGAAAGAAAGCUGCAGGGCGACUGAAAGGAUCUUCUGUGGAGAGACAGUUGGAGGGUGAAACUCAUAUUCAGCAGCAGCUUAAUAAGGCUUUGGAGGAUAACCUGAAUGCAAAUGAAGUAACAAAUCAAGAACUGUUGCCACUAACACCUCCAGGCUUUGAAUCAGUUGUCAAUGGAAAACGUUCUCGUGAUUGGAACACUGAUGGUUUCUCUGAAGUUAACUUAAAUUCUAGUCUGUUCGAUGAAGAGCUGACUGCUACAAUCAAUAGCAUUUGUCAAGAUAAUCAUAAUAGAGAUGCAGAAUCUGACAAUGUGGCUACCGAAGUAGCUGAAAUCAGCCAUCUUAUGGAGAAAUCUAUGUUACCUCUUGACUGUUCAGUUGGGCAUGAGGUGGGUGGGAAAGUGGGACAGGGAUCAAUCCAAUUACAUAUUGGGAACAGUGGGAGUUUGCCGUGCACCAGUGACAAUGCCAUAUUAAGGCGCUGCUCAUUUGGUGGGAAUUCUAUGGUCUCAGAUAUAUCUAAGUGUCAACUCACUGGUCAGCAGGCCCCAUUCACCAAGAGGUCCCAUGUUUGGUCUUUAUUUGAAGAGAUGGAUGUGUUUCGAAAGAUGCCACAGCAGCCACAUUUCCUUCCACUCAAGCACCAUCCACUAGGGCUGCGUGAAGGAACGGCUUUAGGUCUAAUGUGGUCAUAUACUGAUGCAGUGGAUAAUAUAAGUAAAUUAUGCAUAACGGACAGCAUGGAAAUAUUUGAAGACCACAUCAAAACACUUACCAUUUUAGAAGAAAAUGGAUUCAGUGUUCAGUCUUUGCAGCAGAUUCUGACCAAAUUGCUCCAGAUCAGAUCAGAUUACACCAAUUCUCUCAGAGACGGGGAGAAACUGAAAGAACAGAUAGCGGAUAAGGCCUUUGCUGUGUCCCGUGUUGAUGCUCUGCUUGAUGAAAAUGAUAGUGCUAUAGCCAAGCUUGAACAGGAACUUGGGAAACUCCGAUGGAAAGGCCAGAAGAUGUCAAAGAAAAAGGAGGAUGAAGAUGCAGAGCUGUCAAGACUGAAGGCGGAGAAUAACAAUGCUGAGGAAGCACACGGUGAUGCUAAACGACAGUUUGACAGCAUCCGGGCUGAGCUGCGGCAACACUUAGCAAUUGAUAGUCAGUAACCAUCCUGAUGAGUCCCAACUUAGGCACUGUAUGCUGGGUGCUUAUCUAAGACUAGGAACCCUGCCUGUUGAAUGUGUCAGUCCUGACCUAUUAUUUCUAGACCAUCUAUCUGUGCUAAUCUGAUCUACCUAUCUCUGUACUUAUUUCUUCCUAAAAUUUGCCAGCUAUCUGCUGUUAUUAGUUCCUAAAAUUCGCCUAUCGGCAUGCGGGUUGUUUUGAUUGACAAUUUAGUGUUGGUGUUGUUCUAUGCUAUCUGCUGAUGCCUAGUUAGAAUCCUAAGAUAUGCUGACUAAGUAUAUACUCUAUUUGGUUCUGAUGGGUAUAAGGUCGUCUGCAAGUGUGAACUACUUGAAGCGCUGCUGAGUGCUGAUGCAGGUGCUUACUGCGUAGUACAGAUAUUGACUUGUUUAGGUUUUGAAGCAUAUAAUGGAGUUGGCCUUUCUGGA